AAAAAAGGCUAGUCACAAGUUAGACAUUUCCGCCCCCCUAGCUGUUAACCCCGCCCCUCGAAUCUGAUUGGCUGUUCGCUCUAAACAUAGUCAUGUGACGAACAGUUCAACAAACACAAGCAGGAAGAAUACAUACACGGGUCCAGGAUGACAGCAGCCCUCCUGUGUUUCCUCCUCGCUGGUCCAGUGCUGCUGGUUGCUGGAAGCCCAUUUUAUAACAGCAACAAUGGGACCGUACCACUGGUGCUGUGGCAUGGGAUGGGUGACAGCUGUUGUAACCCACUCAGCAUGGGGGUGAUAAAGAAGAUGAUUGAGGAGGAGAUCGCUGGCAUUUACGUGCUCUCGCUGAUGAUUGGAAAUAAUGUCAUUCAGGACACAGAAAAUGGGUUUUUCAUGGAUGUGAAUGAGCAGGUGUCCAUGGUGUGCAGUCAGCUGGCUCAGGACCCAAAGUUGAAGGGAGGAUACAAUGCUAUGGGCUUCUCCCAGGGGGCACAGUUUCUAAGAGCUGUGGCUCAGCGCUGUCCUUCUCCACCAAUGAAAACCCUGAUCUCCGUCGGUGGCCAGCACCAAGGUGUGUACGGGCUGCCCAGGUGUCCCGGAGAGAGCUCCCACAUCUGUGACAUGAUACGCAAAGCUCUGAACAGCGGAGCUUACAGUGACUUGGUUCAAAAACACCUGGUGCAGGCCCAGUACUGGCACGACCCCUUAAAUGACGACCUGUACAAGAAGCACAGCCUCUUCCUGGCCGACAUCAAUCAAGAGAGGGCUGUAAAUGAGACUUAUAAGAAGAAUCUUCAGUUGCUGGACAAGUUCGUCAUGGUCAAGUUCCUGCAGGACUCUGUAGUGGAUCCUGUUGAUACAGAGUGGUUCGGCUUCCUGAAGACCGGCCAGGCCAAAGAGACUGAAACUCUACAGGAGAGCGUACUCUACAAAGAGGAUCGUCUGGGCCUGGCAGCGAUGGAGAAGGCUGGAAAGCUGGCUUUUCUGGCAAGUGAGGGAGACCACCUCCAGUUCACCAGAGAGUGGUUCAACGAACACCUGCUGCCUUAUUUACACUAGAACACUUGCAGUCAUCUGAGAGUAAAUCUAAUAUCAGACUUCAACAACUGAAAUUAAUUCUGUUUAAAGAGCAAUAUUCAAGUUAAGAGUAAAAACAGGCUUAAUAACCAGAGCAGAAAGCACAUAAUUCAUUCCUUUUGCACUGAUCACUUGUAGCACAUCGAUACUGUUUUGUGAUGCCUUGUUAAUUUUAGCAGCUAAUUUGUGUUGGAGUCUGUGUUACUAAUAAUAGGCUGUCAAUGUUAUUUCCAAUGUGAGCUGUUUUGUUAAGGUCAUUGUUUUUAGAAAUGUUGUUUUGAGACUCUUAAAAUGAAUUGUGUUCUAACAGCCUAACGUAGAUCAUUUAACUGCUUUUGUACAUAUGAGAUGUUCAAUCCAAUAAAGACAAACCAAAAAGA